AUGACAGAAGUGCAGCAAGCUCCUAUUGAGAAUGAAACAAAUUUAGAGGAUGUUGCUAAAGCAUAUAUGGAAGUCCGUCAGCGAAAAGAUGGACCGUCAGCAGCGCCUUUAGAUGCUAAGAUUGCUGCCAUGCUACCUAAGCAGGAUAUUCCAAGUGCAAAUAGCGAUGAUAAGGACCGAAGUAAUGAUAAAGAUAAACGUAAUAGACAUAGCAGUAAAGACAGAGAUCGCAGUCGUGAACGUGACCGUGAUAAAGACAGAGAGCGUAGACGUCGUACCAGAAGUAGAAGUCGUGAUAGAGAUCGUCGGCGUUCAAGAUCUCGAGAUCGUGAUCGCCGUCAUCAUCGUCAUAGAGAUCGCAGUCGAAGUAAAGACCGAUCACCUGAAAAGCCUAAAAAGAAGUAUAAGUUUUGGGAUGUUCCCCCCGUUGGUUAUGAACAUUUAACUCCUAAAGAAUACAAAGAAUUACAAGCUGCUGGCCAGAUUCCUCGAAAUAAUGUACAGUCAGCUGUACCAGUUGUUGGUCCUUCAGUAACAUGCCAGUCUAGGCGUCUUUAUGUUGGAAAUAUUCCGUUUGGUUGUAGCGAAGAUGCGAUGUUGGAUUUUUUCAAUCAACAGAUGCAUUUAUGUGGCCUGGCUCAAGCACCUGGGAAUCCAGUUCUUGCUUGUCAGAUGAAUCUCGACAAAAAUUUCGCAUUUAUUGAAUUCCGUUCUAUCGAUGAGACUACUGCGGGAAUGGCUUUCGAUGGCAUUAAUUUUAUGGGUCAACAGUUGAAGAUUCGACGACCGCGUGAUUAUCAGCCAAUGAGCACUAGUUAUGACUUGGGUAAUAUGUUAGUAUCGAAUAUCGUCCCAGAUAGUCCAUUCAAAAUAUUUAUUGGUGGUUUACCGAGUUACCUGAAUGCUGAACAGGUGAAAGAAUUGCUUUCAUCAUUUGGACAAUUAAAAGCAUUCAAUUUAGUGACGGAGCAAUCAACAGGCGUAUCCAAAGGCUAUGCCUUUGCUGAAUAUCUUGAUCCUUCACUUACUGAUCAGGCAAUCGCUGGAUUAAAUGGCAUGCAGCUUGGUGAUAAAAGUCUUGUUGUGCAAUUGUCUUGCGCGAAUGCUCGAAAUUCUAUGCCGGCUGGUGCUUUCCCUCAAAUUCAGGUAGCUGGUAUCGAUUUGUCGCAUGGCGCAGGUCCACCAACUGAAGUGCUUUGCCUCAUGAAUAUGGUAACAGAAGAUGAGUUGAAAGAUGAUGAGGAAUAUGAAGAUAUUUUGGAGGAUAUUCGCGAAGAAUGUGCUAAAUAUGGCAUCGUUAAAUCUCUUGAAAUACCACGCGCAGUACCUGGUGUUGAAGUAACUGGAGUCGGGAAGGUGUUCGUGGAAUUUAAUAGUAAACAAGAAUGUCAGAAAGCGCAGGCGGCGCUUACCGGUCGUAAGUUUGCUAACAGAACGGUUGUAACCAGCUAUUAUGAUCCAGAUUUAUACCACAGGCGACAAUUUUAA